AUGGCGCAAGCGGAUACUUCCUUAGUAUGGCUGUCUCAAGUUUUGAUGUUGAUCACUACUGGUCUGCAAGUGUGUCAGCAAGUAAAAGACAAGGUCCAGGCCUUCUCACAAGACAUCGACUUCAACUUGAGAAUCAGGAGAGGACCGUUCAAGUUUUUGGGCAUGUCUCCUGUUGCAGAAAAUAAACCCGACUUCUUG